UUGAACGCGCCGCGAACCCCCCCUCCUUAUACGUCAAAACAACUAAUUGAUUAGUCCGUACAACCCCGAACGAUCAACAAAAAAUGGCAUGAACUUCACACAAAAACUUCGAACAAACUCUGUGAUGUGUAUCUGCAUAUUACGAGUAUUUAGAUAGGUCGGCCGGACACUAUGGGCCAGGCGGCAAGUGUGAAGUCGGCGUUAUGGAUAUCUCUUCUACAUGGAUGCCUUUUCCUCAUCGCGGGGUCCGGUACAGAAACUCCUUUUGACGAAACGACAGUGGAUAUAUCAUCAAGGAAAUUCCGCGCGGAAUUCCUGCAGGAAUGGCACAAUACUCCAGAUGCUCCAUACUUCGAUCCUAAUACGCCGAGGAAUAUAACCGGGCUAGUGGGACACCCAGUUAAGCUGUUAUGCCGCGUCAAGAAUUUACAGAAUAGAACCGUAUCGUGGGUACGGCACCGAGACAUCCACCUGCUGACAGUGGGCCGGUACACCUACACAUCAGAUCAACGCUUCGAAGCUCAACACAGGCCAAGAUCAGAAGAAUGGGCUCUAAGGAUACGAAGUCCACAGCGAAGGGACUCUGGGCAGUAUGAAUGUCAGAUAUCUACUACACCACCGAUUGGUCACGCCGUAUUUCUAAGUAUUGUUGAACCAGAGACAACGAUAUCAAGCGGAGCUGAAUUAUUUAUACAAUCGGGGUCAACUAUCAAUCUUACUUGUACAGUUCGGCAUACGCCCGAACCACCCAUCUCAAUUACGUGGACUCACAGAGAUCAGAUAAUCAACUUCGACUCUGCGCGUGGUGGUAUAUCUCUAGUCACUGAGAAAGGUCUGAAGAGCACGAGUCGACUGCUAGUUCAAAAAGCCAGAGGCUACGACGCAGGCGUGUAUACUUGUGGGCCGAAUAAUGCUCCACCUGCCUCGAUCAGAGUCCACGUGUUAUCCGGUGAACAUCCAGCAGCCAUGCAGCAGGGCUGCGCAAAAUCGUCCUUGGACUUUAUAGUAUCGAUAAUGUGUACUUUUCUAGCUGUAUUUCUAGUAUUCUUUACAGACCAUCUACAGUUUGGGACGUGAGUUAAACCUCACAAUUGCAGGUCUAAUAUUGAAUGAGUGAAUAAUUUUAUUAUAUUAUUGU